AUGUUCAGCAGUAGCAAGAUCACCGCCGUGUGCCUCGCCGUCGUGGCACUAACCAACAGCGCGUAUGCUGAGAAGGAGGCCGCCCAGACGUUCGGACUGCUUGGCGCUGGUCUGCACGGUGGUGCGGGACUCUAUGGAGCUGGCGCUGCCGGUCUUCAUGGUGGAGCCGGCGUUGGUGCUGGUCUGUACGGUCGAGGUGCCGGCUAUGGUGGUGCUGGUGCUGGGCUGUACGGUCGAGGUGCUGGUGGCGCUGGUGCUGGGCUGUACGGUCGAGGUGCCGGCUAUGGUGGUGCUGGUGCUGGGCUGUACGGUCGAGGUGCCGGCUAUGGUGGCGCUGGUGCUGGGCUGUACGCCGGAUAUGGUGGCGCUGGUGCUGGUCUGUACGGUCGAGGUGCUGGUGGCGUUGGUGCUGGGCUGUACGGUCGAGGCGCCGGAUAUGGUGGUGCUGGUGCUGGGCUGUUUGGUCGGGAAGCCGGCUACGGAGGCGCUGGUGCUGGGGUCGGAGCUGGCGUUGGCGGCGCGGGCCUCGGUAACGGAGACGUCAUUAUACUCCUUGACGAUGUUACGCGAAAUAUUAUAGCUAAGCACAUUUCGAAUAAAAACCUCAAUUGCCUAGUGUAUAAUGCUACGAAGCACCCUGAAGUAAUAACAUUAUUGUACUCUUCACAAGUCCUUGGACCAGAAUGUAGCCAUCUGUUAUGA